AUGCGUCCCGACGCUAUCUCCGUGCUCGCAGCAUUCAUUGCCGUAGGCGGUCUCCAACUCGUCGCAGCUCAAGAUGCUCCCGAAGCGCACGACCAACGGCCGCGCUGGUACUUCCCCCAAGAAGUCAAGCGAACGAUUCGCAGGAACGCAGAGUCCGACACUGGCUCGAUCCUCGACGGCAUACUCGACAACUUGAAACCUACACAGGCUUCUUCCUCCGUGGCUUCUUUCAGCCCCGAAACCUCUUCCGCCGCUCAGCUCCAGAAGGGACAGGAAGUCGUUGUUGUGACCAUCUCGAUCGACCCCAAGAACCCCGAGAUCACCCACCGUAUUACUGGUACUAUGACCGUCGGUGGUGAAGCCGCUAGCACCACCACCACGACAACGCAGAAGACAGAGGGCUCAAGCACUGAAAACACUACUAAGAAGGACUCCGAGGCCACAUCCGCCGAUGCGGAAACCACACGGAAGCAGGGAUCGGUGGUCAACUCAUCGACCAAGGCUUCAGCUACGCCUGCUUCGACUAAAACCUCCAGCGACGGUCUUAUUGGUGAUUUGACCUCGGAUUUGGGUAACCUCCUUGGAGGUGGUUCCACAUCCACAUCAUCGACUGCAACUGCCACCUCCUUGACUGCAACCACCACCUCCUCGACUGCCACCACUACCUCUGACUCAUUGGCCAAGGUAACUUCGCCCGCUUCUUCUACUGCUGCUGCAUCCUCUAGCAACGGUCUUCUUGGUGACCUGACCUCAGGAUUGGCCGGCCUGGUCGGCAUAUCAACAACCGACAGCUCCGCCUCUGUGACACCUACUGGCUCCUCGAGCGCCGACAAAAUCAGCACCUCGACUUCGAGCGCAGCCUCAAGCGCAGCCUCGAGCAUGACAAGCUCGGGGUCGGAUCUCCUUGACCUUUUGGGUCUGGGUAAUAAGUCUUCUACCGGCAACAGCACAAGUUCUACGGCGUCCUCGGACGCUGUCAGUUCGACCCCAGUUAGCACGCUUGCUUCCGUUACUAGCUCACCGUUGACCACCCCCACUGGAACUGCAACUGCAACUACAACUUCUGGUGACCUGGUCGGCAGUUUAAUGUCAAGCGUGGAUUCCCUGCUUGGUGCCACCUCUACUAGCACUGGUGCCAUCUCUACUAGCACUGGUGCCAUCUCUACUAGCACUGGUGCCAUCUCUACUAGCACUGGUGCCAUCUCCACUAGCACUGGUGCCAUCUCUACUAGCACUGGUGCCAUCUCUACUAGCACUGGUGCCACUGCUUUAAUUUCAACUGCGUCUAUGCCCGGUGGUAGUUAUUUGCCGCCUAAGUCGACUGGGCUCAUUCCUGGCCAGGGAGGUACCAACACUGGUGCCAUACCAACCCCGACCAACACCCUUGGAUCAGUUCCUGUUCCACACCCGUCCAGCUCGGAGUCUACCUCUGCUUCUGGAUCUGAAACUGUCUCCGGUUCUACCACCUCGUCGGCUCCUCUGUUAGGCACUACUACCACUGCCGCUUAUGUUUCUGGUAGUGCUUCUCAGGAUGGCUCCAAGGUUCCCAUGUCUACCUCUCACCCAGCCCCCAUCCCUCGUCCAUCGUCGACUUCGACGACUUCGAUGACUUCAACGACUUCAACGAGCGAAAAAGUGAGCACUGCCAAGACCACCGAGGAGCCUCAGACCACUGAGGUGCUUACGUCCUCGACCCUCAAUGACAAUAACUGGAUGCCAUCAACUAUCCUUAUCGUGCCCACCUUCACCUCCACCGAAAGCUCGACGUCCGGUCAGACUGCGAAGCCCACAGCACCAGCGCUUCCUGGCUCUAUCACCCCAUCGCAGGACGUCACGGAGCCGCCGUCUGACUCUAUUUUGCUCCAGCUUGGUUUCAAUAGCCAGCUACCUUGGUCAUUUGUUGCAACAACUCCCUUGUCGUCGUCGCAAAUCUUCAACUACACUCCUCAGGCUAUUGAGAAUGCUAUGCCAAACCUCUCUCCUAACGAGGGUCCAGUUAUGUUUGCUAUUGAGCCUUACUACAAUUGGAGGACUGCUGGCUAUAACGCCACCCUUGCUAUCUUCUAUUUCCCUCGUGACAAGGUCGAUGCCCUGAAAGCACUCAAGGCUAACCCCAACUCUGCUUUCUACAACCAACACAGCGAAUCCAUCCAGUCAUUGAUGUCAAUGGUUGACCCCACAAUUCCCCUUGAGUUCUCUGGAAACUACCCUAGCGGUAGCAGCGACUCGACUGGCAGUAACAACCAUGGCGGCAGUGAUAAUGGCCCGGACAGUGGCAACAACGACAACACUGAUGGCUCUUCCGGCAGCUCGAAGGCCAAAGCUAGCUCUGUUGGAAUUGGAGUCGGUGUUGUGGCCGGUGCUGCUGCUUACGGUGCGGGUAUGUUCUGGGUUGCCCGCCGCUACCGCAAGAGAAAGCAGCUGCACCAGCGCUCUAGUUCGACCGUUGAGCAGAUGAGCCAGGGAGGUUCCGCCGCUGGCUCGAUGUUUGCUGCUGGUGGCCGGGCCCCUAGCCAUGGUAGCCGUGGAACUGCUCGUUCGCAGAUGAUCAGCGCUCCCGUGAUGGCAGAGAACUCUUUGGGAUGGAACUAG